UGUAAACAGGCUGUAUUCAUUUUAUCCGUUAAGUUGAUAUUCUGUAUCACUUGAAGGGAGUUUUAUCAUUAGUUACAUUCUAAAGGGCCAGAUUAAACCAUGCGACUGUUCAAUAUGGGCGCGUUCUGCACGCUGGCAGUACUGAUGGUCAGUCUGUCCCACGGACAGUUAGCCGGAUAUGGCAACACAAUGACCAAUUAUGGAUAUGGAAAUUACGGGUACGGUGGAUACGGGUACGGGGAUUAUGGCAAGGGCGGGGUCACGUACCACGUGCACCAGUAUUUCCCUGCGAAGACUGGCGGUGGAGGCAUCUUUAGUCUACUCAUAUUCCUUUUUGUGAUAGUGAUGAUCGUUCGACUGCUGUUCAAUAACGACGGCGGGGGCAAGAAGCACUCUAGCACCAGCGGCUACCAGCCAGACACACACGACAAGCACGCCUACCAGCCAGACACGCACGACGACUACGCCUACCAGCACGACUACUUCCCAAACUACUUCUACUACCCCAUGGGUACGGAACCAUACUACUACGGCGAGUAUAGGAGAUAAACACGAUGUACUAGUGGAGCCAUUCUAACACACAUCAAAGCUCCGUACACCGCAUUAUGAACAAUACCAGAAUUGUUUUCAAUUAUAGAUAAUUAAUAUACAACUGCGAAAUACUACUACACUUUUGUAUGCAACAAUAAACUGGAUAUGCUAGAAGUUCGAAACUGGAAGCGUCACCUCACAUUCA